AUGUCGAGCACAGGCGCUGCUGCGGGCGGUCACAGCGGCCUCUCGACGCUGUCGACCUCCCUCCUCGCCGCCGCGUGCACAGCUGUGCUUGCCGCGCUCAUCUUUGUCGCCGUGGCGCUUCGACGAUACCUUCGCGCUCGCAAACGCAGAUCUCUCCUCAGUACCACCUCGUCACGCCCCGUUUCCGCCGCAGCCAUCUACGCACAGCACAUCAAAGCAAAGUCAAUAUCCACAGACGAGAUCAGCGAGCCGCAUCUCAACUUCGCGCCAGAUCGCGCUCACGACGCGCGCCAUGACUUGACCAAGAUGUCGCUCUCGCAGAGGACACUCGUGUCAGUGCGACAGCACAACUUCUUCCCCAUGAAGACGUUCGUAUCGCCAAAGUUCCCCAACCCGGCACUGCUGUCGCCCCGGAUGCAGCCCCCCGUCUAUGCCGACUUGCCGCCGCCGCGAUCGCCGUGGACGCCCAAGUCGCCCGGCCUCACCGAGCUCACCAUGUCGCCCGGUCCCAGCAUCUUGCUCAAGCCAAUGGCGUAUGGCAAGUCGCCAAGAGUACCAUCACCCUCUCCCUCUAAAGACACCCUGGUGAACGACCAAAAGGAAGCGACAGAACAGAAGAAGAAGCUCACCCGAAGUGCAGUUCCUUCCAUGCUGCUUCGCAGCCUCGGUGUUUUGCCCACGAGCGCGUCCAAGCCAGCCCUGUUGUCGGAAGAUAACAGGGGUCUGGAAGGUGCCAAGUCGCAAGAUGUCGCGGACGAGCCGUCCCUCACACCCAUCCUCGACCUCGGCAUCGACUUUGGCAACGACGAAUCAUUCGAGCAGGCUCUUCAGCUUCGAAGCGACUUUUCUUUCGAUCUUCCCACCUCGGCAGUAGCAACACAGCCAGCGCAGUCGACAAAGGUGAGCGCUGGCAUGCAGAGCCUCAUCGAAGCGCUUUCGCCUGCUCAGCCAGAGACUGCCACACUUCCAGGCUUGAAGGCCAGUCCUGCAUCGCAAUUGAGCACAUUGCCAUCGCCCGCUUCGGUCCGAUCGCAUCUGCCAACGCCGCCACCUUCGCAGAGCCUGCCUCCUGCGCCGACCAGCGCGCCCAUGCACAAGAUGCCCUCCAACGCCUCUUUGCAAAGCAAGGCGAGCCGCGCGACAGCAGCAAGCAAUGCGUCGUCCGCGAAAGAGACGUUCCACAGCGCCACGGGCUCGAUUGGUCAGAUCUUCGUCGACAUGGCGGCCUUCGACUCUGCACCGUCUCCCUGCCUGCCAUACGACGAAGAGGAGCAGGAGGUCCUCGAAUCCUCCUACCGCCCGCUCAGUCUCGGCCUGGGACCUACCAAGAGCCCAUCGCAAGGCACGUUCACCAAGAUCAUCAAUGGCUUGCGAAGGCCUUCCAAGAGCUCAGAGAUUGACCUCGAAGCAGGCAAUUCCACCGUGGCAGACUCGAUGACGACGCGAUCCUACUCCAGCGAUGCCAUGUCGUACAGCUCUUCGCAGACGAGCGUCGACCUUGAGGCAAACUCGAGCAUCGGCAAGGCCAACAUUGUGCCAGCUGCUUCGAUUCCUCCUCUUCCGCCUAUGCCCGUUUCUAUGCUGAGGGUUGCGGAGGACAAGGCGCCUCAGGCUAGCUUCCCGACUGUCUUUGAGGGUCAGUCUGACGCUCCCAAGGCUGGUGCAGUUCCGGUUCGACCGAUGCGCAAGAGAGCUUCUACGCUCGGGGCACUCGACCGACCCAAGCUUGUCAUGCCCGACCUGAUGCACCCGCGAGCUGCACCCAUGCCGCCAUCGCCUAGCAUGGCCGCCAAGAUGCCGAGCCCGAGCAUCAACGUCGAGUCGGUCGAAGUCAACUGUCUCGGCCUGACGAACCUCAAGGCCAAGUCCAGCGACCACCUCCCUCUCGCAAGCACGAGCAAAGGUGCCACCAUGAACUUCAUGAGCUCAUACCACCGUGCUCUCAUCCCGGAUCCUCCUGCGGAUGGCGGACAUCUCUCGCCUGGUCUCGGCGCGGACAGCCCCAUCUUUGCCCAGCUCAGCCCAAAGUUGCGUAGCACUUCGCCUUCGAUGAGCCCCAAGCCUGGCUUCACGGACACUCUCAAGGCGAGGUUGAGCCUGCCCCGCAAGUCGUUCAGCAGCUCGCCUGGUCUCGCAUCGAAGAACAGCACGCCCAACUUCAGCCCCCUUCCCAGUCCCAUUAGUGCUACCUUCCCGCUCCUCGCAACGGGCGAGGACGUCGAUGGCGCUGCCACUACGGAUGCGACACCCAAGAUGACGGCGAGCAGGCCGGAAAAGUCCUCUGCGCGACCUGGCACCACUCCUCUUCUGUCUCCGCAACCGGACGAGGUUGGACUGGGGAUCAGCAGCCCUGCGAUCCUAUUCAACGGUCAGGAGAUUGAACCCACCAAACCGCUUCGAUUCAAGAAGGCGGCUCCCGCAGGUGGUCUUCUCGGUGGCUCGCCUCAGUCGGUCUACUCUGCCGCGUCGCCAUCGCCCAUGCUGCACGCCGGUCAAUGGGCCACGUCGCCGGCAAAUGACCGCGCAGCUACGCCAUCCGAAUCGCUCUACUCGCCGCUCAUCCCGAUCGGUGAGGCUUCGCUCAGCUCCUCUACUGAGCGCAUCGAGUUUGGCGUCGCCUCGUCGCCCGAUGUCCACAGCGUCCCCUCCGCCCCGGCCAUGCUACACCAAGAUCUGCCACCCACCAGCCCCAACGACGGCGACGUCACUCCACGACCUCCCUCCACGUCCUCCGCCGGAGCCCGCGCCGACGACGAAGAUGAGCACCUGCACUACCGCGACUCGGUCAUCAGCGUCGCCGCCUCGACCAUCAGCAUGAUGAGCAACAGCACGUGCAUGUCCGACUCGAUGGGGGACGAUCUCGACCUCGCAGCCGACCGUCGGGCCAAGCUGCUGGCCAGUGUCCAGCAGAACGUGGCCAAGGCGCAAGCCAAGGAUGCCAAACGGGACAGUCAGGCUGCGGAGCGAUACCGUCUGUCGCAGAUGCCCAAAACGUCAUCACUCCGUAACAUCCCCGAGGAGAGCUCUACGAUGGGUCUGGGCUUGUUUGAGAGCGAAGAAGAGGUGGAGGAGGAAGAGGAGAGGGAGGAGUUGGAUGACAGUCCGAAGCGGGCGUACGGGCGAAAGAAGGUGAACGAUUUGAUACUCGCGCCGCCGCAGCAGCGGGUGGUGGGGCCGUUGACGCCGCCUCUGACGCCCAUCGAUGGGACGGCGAUGUACCAGUCGCGACACGCGCCGUCGGAGAGCACGAGUUCGGCAUCGUCCAUGGGCUCGACGACAUCGAUUCCGUUGCGACUGCGACCGAUGCGCGGGGCAGCACGCAACCUCGCCCCCAUCGAUACGGCCGCCGCUGCCCACCUCUCACCCUAUGGCGGUGAGGUUUCGCCAUCGUCGCUCAAGCUUCGACCCUUGAGUCUCGCCGCCAGCCUCAAUGGAGAUGGAAGCCCGAUGAAGCGCAACGAUCGAGCGUUCUCACCCGCCCUCCGAAGCCCUGUGCCUGCACACAUGGGAGGCGACCGCUCCUCGCGCUACAACGACGAAGGUCGCAGUUCCCGCUCCACCACCUACCGCGCCGGUGGCAUUUUGCCCGUGGUCGGCGCGAACAGUGCUGCGCUCGAAUCGCGCCGUGUCGCACACGCCGAGCCGUCUCUCACUCACUCGGAUAGCUCAAGUUCGCUCGGAUCCAUGUCGUCCAGCCUGGGCUCUUUCUCGCGCAUGGGCCACUUCCCGAGCCCCGUCAAGUCGACUUUCGCCCAGGCAGGGAUGGGCAAGUCGAUGGGCAUGAGGGGGAUGAUGGGCUCGAGGGGCAGCGAAGUAGGCGACAUGCCCGAGUCGAGCAGCGUCCAAAGCUUCGCCAGCAGCAACAUGGGCCGGAUCGGAUACAAGACCAGCGAUCUCUCCGUCGCCAUCUGA